GAGAAAAGUCUCCUUCUGCCCCUCACAUUGACAGGCGUCUAAAGCUAGCGAAAUGAGGGAUGCUCAACUACCGGACCUACCGAUAGAUGGCUCUAGUCAUAUCUGAAUUUGACAAAAAGCGAAGUGUCAAAAACACGGAUGAAAAUGUUUUUCGUUCUGCGCCCUCAUAGUCUUUGACAUGGUGUCAAUCACUGGAAUGACUGGUUGUCAUGAUAUGGCCCAAGCAAAAAACCAACCUGGAAGUGAAAGCUGCAGAAGCUGGCCAGACAGACACCCCAAUGGCUGCUACAAUCUGUGUGAGACAAGGAAUGAAGGACUCGUGGCUCCACUGAAGGAAGAAGAUCGUCUGUCAGCAACGGUCUGGGCAGUAACAGAAGCUGCAGCAGUAGUGCCUAGAGGUGUAUUUGUAGUUAACUCUGAUGAUGGUUGUCUCUCAUGGAAUCCAUGUUUUGUUGGUCUGGGACACAGCAAGGCAGUCAGUCUGUCACAUUAUUUGCACCUGAGACCUCCGCGCAAACCCUGGAAUACGUGCCUACUUACUGCUCCGUCACCUAAUCCAGCCAUUGAUUGCCUUGAUUCAGUUGACACUGACUUUCCACCAGGUUGCUGGAGUCUUCAGCUGGAGUGUGGAAGUCAUGUAGUUGUGCUCAGGAAUCUGUUGUGGCCAGGUGCAGUGGGAUACCAUGCUGUUGGUACACCUGACCAUGGAUAUGUCUACAUUGGGUCAGGAAAGCGAAAUCUUGAUCUGCCCUUUAUGGUCUGAUAAUGAAAUCUGAAACUGAAAAAUGUUGAUUGUAGAAUGUUACUGUUAUAUUGACAAGAGAGAAUAAAUUUUUUUUGUGUUUAGGCAGAACCAUCCUUGUAAGAAUGCUUAAAUUUUUAAUUAAAGGUUUAAGAUGCUAGCUCUUGGUGGACAGCUGUAUGGCAUGCUAAGUGACACAGUAUUCCUCUUACAAUGCAAGAAAAUUAGAAGCAGUUGUUGCAGUGAAUAGUCAUUGUAUGCAUUCAUCUUAAAAAAAUAAAAAAAAUAACUUGUGUAAAAUAGACUGUAUUAAAUAAAGACUGAAAUAUGUAUGUGCAAACUCUUCCAAAGAUUUUGUUUACUUGUAGAUCUAAAAUUGCCAUGAAUUAUAUUAAUGACUGAGCAUCAGUAAUACUGAAACUUCAAACUCUUUCCCCUGACAACAAGGAGAUCAGACAAACGUAGUGCAAACAAUUUGAUUGCCACUUCAUUUAUGUUAAGCUAAUAUUCUCUAAAUAUGCCAGUCAUUACAGCACAUUAACAAUUUUACACUGCAUAUUUUUAAUCCAUCUCUGUUCAAACAAAAUGUUAGUACCACAAUUUAGGCAGAAAUGAUGCUCCCUGAGGCCCUCAGUUAAUACUAAAACUUUUUGAGUAUUAGUUUUAAUCACUGUACUAAUAUUUUUGAUAAUUAAUGCAUUAAGACUCAAGUAAAAUUCUACAUACUAACACUAGAAUGCACAUUCAACAUCAGUUUUAAACUGAACGAGGUUAUGAACUCUUAAGUACACAGUUAAAGAUAUUUAUACACAUUAGGGAAGACAAACAUGCAACAUAAACUUUUUGUCCCAUCUAUCUCUUGCUAGUAUUUGUCUCAGAGUGCUUAGAAUGAUUUUACAUGGAAAGCAAAAUGCCUUUGAAGUAAGGAUUACAGUGCAAAGACUUACACAGAAUUAUUUUAAGAUGAAAAUGGAGAAACAGACUGAAAAUAGUGACAUUAAAUACUGUAACAUUCAAUGACAAAUGUGAGGAUCUUGCAGAUCUCAUAGAAAGAAGAAAGACUGAGGUCUUUAGACUGAGUAAAUCAAAAAAA